UGUUCGCACCUACGUGAACUCUCGUAUGUAAUUGUCAAAAUGUGCGUGAAGACAAAAGCAAAAAUAUUUCCUUCUUUCUUUUUCGCACGAAGAAACCAAACAAAUAUCAGCAACACCGUCAACGCGAAUUUACGAACUUACAUGUGUUACAAACAUAAAAACAGUUAUGCUUACCGUUAUGCGUCAAAACAAAACGAUGGGUGACGUUUUGAAGUGAAACCAAGAAAACAGAUUUCAACAAAAUAGCAGUAGUAAAGAACUAAUGAUAACUUUUAUCUAAAUUUUUGUGCUAUCUAUGCCACAAGCCGAUGUAAAAUAGUAAAAAAAUUUAUAACUAAUGUGCGAAUCAUGUUUUGCUGUCUCAAAAGUUGUUUAAAUGGUGUGCUGCCCCCGCAGACGGUACCAAUGCGCAAGGAAAACGAACCUAUCCAGCUGGAUACAGCACAUAUGGGUCACGAAGUCGUGGUGAUAAAAAGCGGCCAGAGGGCAUGCGGUUCAGGUGGUGUCAUAGCAAACACAGCAUUACUGCAAUCUAAAUCCUAUUUUGAAGUGAAGCUUCAGCAAGGUGGCCAGUGGUCAGUAGGGCUAGCUACGCUGCAAGCAGAUUUAAACCAGUCCAAAGGAGGCUUUGAUAAGGAGAGUUGGUGCCUAACAUCGGACCAUGUCGUUUAUCAUAACGCUAAACCAUUACACAAGCUGGAGAGUAAAGCUACAGAGGAGUGCGAUUCCAAAGUGGAUCCGGCAGGCUUUCCGAAGUUGGAAACAGCAGUGAAUUCCUUAUUUGUUAAUGACACAGGCCUUCCACAAGAAGGUGACACCAUUGGUGUUGCCUAUGACCACGUGGAACUAAACUUUUACUUGAAUGGAGUCAAUCUUAACGUCCCGGUGCUCAGUGUACGCGGAACUGUUUUCCCAUGCAUAUUUGUAGAUGAUGGAGCUAUUCUGGACAUUGUGCUGAAUAACUUUCAGUUCAGUCCUCCGCCCGGUUUCGAACGAAUUCUCAUUGAACAAUCGCUUCUGUGAUUGACCACGAAUAAGAAUUAUUAUUUCCUAUUUAAAUUGUACUAUAAGGUCUAAUUAUUCUACACUCUCAAUUUUAAUAUUCUUGGUUAGCACCAAUGUUUGACGAUUGCCCUUUCCAUCCAAAGAGCACGCUUUAAUGACUGUUCAUAUUAAUGAUUGUUAUGUUUAGCUAAUUGUGUCGAUAAUCAAUAUCAAUAGUUUAUCAUAUUUAAUUUACUGUUCUUUUUGUAAAAACCUCCUACGAAACUAAUAAAUUAAAUUAAUUUAAUUAAGACAUUUACCUAAGAGAAACGUAUCAAGUUAGGCAUUAUAAACAGGAAUUUAAAACGUGACGAAACCCCAUGAAAUAAGGCAGUGCUUGCUACUACUUUUAUUACUUACUUUUAGUUCUUUGUUGUACUUUAUUAUUCGUGUUAAUUUUAAAUGGCAACUAGCUUUAAUUUUUGAAACGGUCUCCCUGGCAGCAGUGAGUAAGAUCUUAACCAAAACAACAAAUACCUUGUACUGAUCGUUAGUAAAUAGCAUUUAUAAGAGAUAAA